GACUCGCAAAGUCUGGGCACGUCCGCCUAGUAGAAACCCUCCUGUUCUGCUCUGAGUGGGGAGGUUCCCGGUUGUUGGACGCCAGGUGAAACUGCUGCUGUCAUCUUCAGAAGAAGAAAAAAAUCUUUCUCUCGUGGAAAAGUCUUGGCUCUGCUGAAAGCACAUUAAGACCCUUUUCUUCCCUCGGGGAAAAGUCUUUGGAGCCACCAAAUCCACUUUAUUGCUAAAAGUCUCUCAGAGAUGCCAUUCUUUCCAGUGUCUCUGGCUGCUUCCUACUGCCCCAUUUCAAACCUGUCCCCAUCUUGUUUCUGAGAAUCAUCUAAGUCCCUAGCGAGAAGAAAGAGCAAGGAUUUCUUUGCCCUUUAAGAAUGAUGAAAAUUGUGAGAGCCUUGGGGUAAGGAGCCUGGUCUCCCAGCUCAGCUGCUGCCUAGGGAAACAUCCCCCAGUUGUUACUAAGAGGUUGGCUGCACCUUCCGCCCAUCUAAGAAAUUAACACCCUCUUCCUCAUUCUAUUGAGGAAAGAGAUGAGAAUUUCCUUAGAUUUCCUCUAACCCUUAGUACAUCCAGGUUGACUUGGUCCCUGGACCCUGCUUCAGCCGGAAAUAUAGUUUGGGGUGUGUGAGAAUGAGGUUUUUCACUUCCUUUUGGCAGUGGAGAGACAGCUGAAGUGAAAACUGGUGUCUGACUAGUAGAGAAUAUCCCAAUCUAGUUCAGAUUCAGUAGGGCUUUACUGACCUGACAAACAAUACAAGUAUUCCCAAAAUGUAAGGGGGGAAAAAACAAAUACUGUUUGUCAGACAAUUACAGCCCAUCCAGGAUCAUUUUACACCCCAUUUGGCAUUUGGUCUCUGAUGACCAUUUGUCAUUUCUGUCCUCUGAUCUGAUGGCAGUGCUUUUAUGUAGUGUAGUGCUGUGCCGUUUCUCUCCUUUCUUAUAAUCCCAAACCAGAGGCUUGAUAUACCUGUCAAAACUCAUGAAGCCUUCUGUGAUCACUGACUUUGCUUUUUUUUGGUCUUUUUCCAAAAAUAUACUCUCAGCUUUGGGCUGUUAAACCUACUGUAAUUUACAUUUUAAGUGAAUAUUAGUGCUGGUGAAGGAUUUUAGAUUGCCAGCUUUAGUGGUUGUCAGUUUCCCCGUGCAACAGGUUCUGUGGGCAGCAGCAAUAUAAUCUUCUCCCCCACAGUGCCCAAGAAUUCUGACAGAGUUCUGGAUGAGCCACCUCCCCAUCCAUUCUGCUGUGGUUGGGUUGAGAGGCAUACUUCAGACGAUUGUCUAUGCAGAGAGGCCUUUAACUGACAACCACAGAUCAUUAGCCUCAUAUGGCUUGAAAGAUGGAGAUGUGGUCAUCUUACGGCAAAAAGAGAAUGCGGAGCCAGUACAGUUUCCAGGUCUGCCCCGGAUAGACUUCAGCAGCAUUACAGUGCCUGGGACGUCAGCGCCGCAGCAGCAGCAGCAGCAGCAGCAGCAACCAGCACAAGGUCCUCACCCAUCACCUCCGGAUACAUCCUCAGCCCCUCAGGGCUUGGACAAUCCAGCACUGUUACGGGACAUGUUGCUUGCCAAUCCCCAUGAGCUGUCCCUGCUGAAAGAGCGUAAUCCCCCCCUGGCUGAGGCAUUGCUCAGUGGAGACCUUGAGAAAUUUACCAAGGUGCUGGUGGAACAGCAGCAGGAUCGAGCCCGGCGGGAGCAGGAGAGAAUACGUCUGUUUUCAGCUGACCCUUUUGAUCUUGAAGCUCAGGCAAAGAUAGAGGAGGACAUAAGGCAACAAAAUAUAGAAGAGAACAUGACGAUAGCUAUGGAAGAGGCCCCAGAGAGCUUUGGCCAGGUGGUGAUGCUCUAUAUUAACUGCAAAGUCAAUGGACAUCCAGUGAAAGCUUUUGUUGACUCAGGUGCCCAAAUGACCAUUAUGAGCCAGGCUUGUGCUGAAAGGUGUAAUAUAAUGAGACUGGUGGAUCGGCGGUGGGCAGGCAUUGCUAAAGGUGUGGGCACACAGAAAAUCAUUGGCAGGGUGCACCUAGCUCAGGUUCAGAUUGAAGGGGAUUUUCUCCCAUGCUCUUUUUCCAUCCUUGAAGAGCAGCCCAUGGAUAUGCUUCUAGGACUGGAUAUGCUUAAGAGACAUCAGUGUUCCAUUGAUCUCAAAAACAAUGUACUAGUGAUUGGCACCACUGGAUCUCAGACAACUUUCCUUCCGGAGGGGGAGCUCCCAGAAUGUGCGAGACUGGCAUAUGGGGCAGGGCGGGAGGAUGUGCAGCCAGAGGAGAUUGCAGAUCAAGAACUGGCAGAAGCUCUACAGAAAUCUGUGGAGGAAGCAGAGAAUAGUGAUAAAGAAACUACCUCACUGGAAAUGCCAUCUUUACCAUCUUCUGAUGGAUUUAAUAGUCCAGUCCAUUCUCCAGGAUUAAGUUCCAAGAUCUGUAAUCCCACAAAUCAAUUACUUGAUCACUCCGUCUCUGCCCCUGCUUCAAUUUGCUCUCACAAAUCUAAUGUAGCAGAGAUAAUUGAUCCCACAGUUGUGAAGUCUUUGGGGUCACAGGCUGAAUGCCAGCUAGCUCCAGACCAUCUUCUGUUACAAAAUCUUCCUGAUCAUGCUGUUCCUUCAGCACACAGUGACCAUGUCAUCCAGACUGGAGCGGUAGCCUGUCACAGUCCAACUCUUCCUUCUCAGAACACACUGGGAGAAACAGUUGCAGCUGAGAGUCUAGUGAAAUGUAAUGCUAAAGAACAAGCCUGUUGUCUGGAAUCUCCUAUGGAAGUCAGAGAAGGCAGUUUGUCUGACACCACCAGCAAGCAUGGGCAAGUUCUAGGUGUGCUGUUGCCUUCAGGACAGUUGGAAUUGAACCAAAUGAAUGAUCUUCCUUUGGAUUUUCAGAUGUACAAAGAACCCGUGUGUGAACAAUGUUUGGAUAAACAGAAUGAACCAGCUGACCCAGAACACCCUUGGAAUGUCAGUGGCCUUGAGUUACCUGCUGUGGGGCAGCAGGGCCUUAUAAACAUCCAGCCAGAAUCCCCUGUUGACUCUCUUGCUGAGAGAAGAGAAGGUGAGCUGGAGAAGAUAGAGCUUUCUUGCGGGAAAGAUAAUAUCCCAGGGUCAGCAUUCUGUGGUGAUGCACAUACAGACAUCUUCAUGAACACAGAUUUAACUGAACAGUCUGCAGUCACAGUGCAUAGCUUGUCAAGCAAACAGAGCACUCAAGUGAAGAGUAUUGGGAGAUCUGUUCAGAACUUGGAUUGUUCUUUGAUGCAGACGGAGUCUUCAAAGCAUGAUUCCUCUACAUCUGUAUUUUCAAGUAAUCCAGUUUCCACUAUGGAUUUACUGCAGCCUAAGGGGAACAUUGAAAUCAUUGGAAUGUGUAAUGAGUUACCUAAUUUAGCAGCUGAAAAUAGCUCUUCCUCUGGCAUUCGUCAGCUGAACAGUGAUACAGCAACAUCCACUGAAGAGUCUUGUUUAUCUUUAACAGCAGCAUUGAAGGAGCUUCAUGAACUUUUGAUUAUAAAUAGAAAAGGGGAUUCUACUGCUUUUAUACCUGAAGAUGACGCAUGUGGGCCAGAAACAGUUUCUGAAGAGCAAAUGGAAUGCAAGGAGCUUUCUGAUGAUGAACGUGAAAGCUUGGAUCCAGAGAGCGGGGAUCUAGAUUGCUCUUUUCGUAUGGUGAUGCCUGAACAUGUGAACCCUGAAGGGCUAGCGGGGACACCAUCUUGUGCUAUGAAAACAGAAAAUGAUAGCUUUGAGGUUUUAAAUAGCAGCCAAUCAACUAUUGAAAAAGAUGCUGUAGAGAUACAGAGGUCAUCCAGUAAGAGUAAUUCUGUCAUUCUGAGCUCAGUUGCAACACUUGAUCACCUGCAGAGUAACGAAAUUUUACCUGAGUGCUUAGUAAAUGACCAAGUUCCAGCCAGUCAGACGUUAGAGCUGAACAGACUGUGUUCACCUGACCUCAGGGUGGAGGAAGAUGCUCCGAGCCUGUUAACAGAAGUGUCUGAAAUACCUGACAGUUCCUCAAACUCUGCGAAUCCAAGGCCUCCACAAGGACUUGUGGAGCCUUUGCUUUGCCCAUCCAUCAGCAACCUGGAACUGAGCUCCAGAGUCCUUCCGCUGCCUGUUUUUCCUGCCGCUGACAUUGAUCAGAUUCUGAAAGCUGGCUUUACCCUGCAAGAAGCUCUUGAAGCUUUGGAGCAAGCUGGUGGGAAUGCAACCCUUGCCCUCCUCUUUUUAUUGGCCAAGAAUAUCAUAGUUCCUAUGUGACCAUGUCACAAAGGCCUGACUGCUCCAUUCUUCAUUUAGAGAACUUAUUUAAAUUCUAUAGAGUAAUCUGCAAGAUGAAUGCUGAGUCAAAUUA